UCUUAUUGUCCAAUCGGCAAAUUGUCUGCAUAAGUGUUUAUGUAUGCCAUAACACUAUUCAAUGAUGCCAUAACAAAUGCAGAGAUGUAAGAUGGCCAAGUGCUCAAAGUACUGGACUACUUGUUUCAUGGGUUGUGAGUCUAAAUCUCUUGCAAUCAUUUCGUAGUCUCUCAACUUGUUUCACUUCACCUAGCAAAUGCAAAUAAAUCUUAGAUCAUUUAAGAAUCAAUGAUGCCAUAACACUAUUCAAUAUUGUCACACAUGAGUAAAUCCCCAGUAAAUGAAUUAAUAUAAUUUCAAAUUUUAGGGUGAGGGUUAGUUGAUUACAUUGAUCCCACUGCUAAACUGGUACUUCUUUUAUUGACCUCAAAAGGUCAGAGGCAAAGUUUGAUCUUGGCAGAAUUUGAACUCAAAUUGUAAAAAGUUGGAAGAAAUGCUGCUGAACAUUUUGUCUGAUAUGCUAACAAUUCUGGCAGCACUAUUCUUGUAAUUCUUUGAGAUUUUGGUGCAAGACCAGCAAUUUUGAAGGGAGGGGGGAAACCUUCAUUGCUCAACUGAUAAUUAUUUUAUUGACCCUGAAAGGAUGAAAGACAAAGCUGAGCUCAGCAGUAUUUGAACUCAGGACAUAAAAAGAAGAAAUGCCACUAAAUAUUUUGUCUGGUGCAGUAAUGAUUCUUCCAACUUGCAAUUUAGUAAAUGAAUUAAUAUGAAACCUACAAAAUGAAUGGUUGAACAAUUGCAAGGGAUGGACAUAGAAAAAGAUAGUGGAAAACUUGAGUUGGUUUAAAGGGAGAAAGUUAAGUCUGUUGGGCUUUACAUACAACCUCUGUAUGGCUAGGGAUGUUGAUUGAUUGAUAAUAUUUAUUGUCUAUUUUAAAAGCAGUUAACUUAAAACAAAGGCUGAACUAUAACAGUUCUAAUGAAUAUUCUGAUGUCUUUAAAUGUUACCUAUUUUACUUUUCUCUUUGCAGGGGAAAACGGAAAAUAAAUAUUAUAGUGUUUCCAGUGUUAUGCAUGUAGAUUCCUUGAGUUCAUGUAUCAAUGAUGAAGCUUAUGACAGUUCUUCUGUUUUAAUAAAAGCCAAGUUGUGUUCAGAGCCUUCUCCAGAAAGUGAAUGCAAUCAAAUGUAUUUAUGUGAAAAAGUGAGCUCAGAAAAUGAUUUUAAAAGCAAAGAUAUAAAUGUCCAAGGUCUUCUUGAUCUUCAAAAUAAUAGUUCUAAAGAACAGUUUACUGAAAUUCCAAUGGAUUAUGGAUAUAAAGAAAUGGACUUUAGUUUUGAUAGCUGUGGUGCUAAGAAACUAGCACCUUCCGAAGAAAGUAAUGAAGAUCAAAAAUCUAGCCCUUACAUUCGGGCAGUUCCAAGUUUCACUUGUAUGAAGCAUCAUGAUAAAGAUGAAAAAUCCUUUACAGAUUUUGUUACUGGCAAAAACGAUUACGUAUCAAAUUCUUCAGACUUGGAAAAUAUCUGCAUUGGUGACAAGUCAUAUAACUGCAUGUAUAGCAAUUCUGUUGACAAAGCUGUUAUACAAAGCUAAGCAUUACGAUUGUUUAAAUUUGUGAUUAUACAUAUAAAAUUCAUCAUGUGAAGCUUGAUUUGAUACUAAACGGAAUAUCUUGAAAAUAUUACGACUUUUGCUGAUAAAUCUGCUAUUAAAAAUAGCCUACUUUCCAAAUUUUGUGUCUGGGGAGAGUCAUUCUGUUUUAAUGCCUUAUUUAGCAAACACACUCACCAGUUCAAUUUCCACUCAUUAUUUUUUUUUUCAAACUUUUCAUUGCUUCUUGCAACCUCUUCAACAGUCGUCAUCUCUGUCCAUUAUUGGAGCUAUGUUCUUUUUAUUUGUGCAUGUCAGACAAUGUUUAUAUUUUUAAGCAUCUUAUUAAACUCGUGUGCCUUACAAGGGAUAUUACUCUGGAAAUUACUCGGGUAUCCACCCUUUCUAAUAUGGACUAUGGUUAUUCAGAUGAACUUCAUGCUGACCUGAAAAAUAUGCUAUCGUUAUCCUAAUUUACAAAAUAUAUUUUAUUUUCAACAUUAGAAUAUGUAUUAUCUUGUCAGCAGAUCCUAUAAGAAGGAGACCAUAUAUAUAUAUAAAACAUAGAUAAAGGUGAAUUUGGUGCAGAUGUA